AUGUGGCGGACGCAUGCCCAAACCAUUUUUAUAAUAAUAAUAAUAAUGUCAUUUUUGCCAUUUUGUACCAAUGAAGAAGCCAGUCCAGGUUUUCCAUGGUCUUCCACACCCAAACAAGAUGUCGAAAAGCAGGAUCAAUCGAUUCGAGCGCCAUCUGCGACAUUAUUAUAUUCUGCGAAGAAACGACCAGUUCUGGUUCGAAGUCACUGCGACAAUCGCCUGGCCUUGUACAUGGGGAAGUGGAUCCUCAUUACCAGGGCAUUAUUUGAGGAAUCAGCCACUCCACUCGAAUAUAAAGGGGCUGGUAAGCUUCAGGGGUCGGUGAGUUCAGCAGCUUUUGUGUUGGACAACCUUGCAAUUGUGAUCGAUGGAAAGUUGUACUUAUACUCUCUAACUAAAGGGACAUGGACUCCUGCUCAAGGAGUGAAAUCCAUGGUGUCUACUGUAUCUACACUACAGUGCUGCUUCAGCAAAGACAAGGCCUGCAUGGAUGUGAGCUCUUGUGUUCUGCUGUACAAUCUGGGGAGUGCUCUUGACGACCAACAGGUCUACAUGUCCUCGAAUGGAGGCAAUUCCUUUUUUAACCUCCCUAUGGCCCCCAAGGCAACGGAAUUUAUCAUAGGGGUAUUCAACAUGCCCACUGUGUCAAGCAUCGUGGCUAUGUUAGCAGACAACCAAAGAAAGUUUUCUUUCCGGCACAUUUCCGGAAAUCGUUCGGUACAGACAGACAAUCACCCCAUGCGAGACCCGCUGUCCAGCAUCCAUGUGAUCCAGCCAGCAGGCAUGAGAGGCCACCUCAUCAUCUGGUCUCCACACAUGCUGCUCUACUCACCCAACCAUGGCAUUGUGAUUGUGCCAGUGUACAUUAUGGGAGAAGAGAAUGCCACCCUCCCGCCUCCUAAAGUCACCAUUUUACAGGUGGCAACAGACGACAACGGUGCGAUGGCUGUUCUCACCAGCGACGGGGUACUGUAUUAUGGCAGGGCUGGACUGGAGGCAACUACAGUAAGGUUUGCGUCUGUCAUUGACCUGUCCAAGGACAACCUGAUGCUGUUCAGUGACUAUGGGGACCUGAUGAUGAUCCACGCCCGUGAGGACCUGCUGCUUAUAGGGGUGGACUUUGACCAUAAGGUUAUCAUUGUCCAGCAGGAGCUAACACGUACCACACCACCCGUUCAGUCCUGCCCAGUGGAACAGUUCCACAGCACGUUUGCAGGGGAGCUCUUCUACAUCGACAUGGGCAGCACCGUCCAUCUGUCUGCUGUCUACAUCCCAUCACCUCUUUGCAAAUUCUUCCCCCUGGUGACAGUUACAGAGUCUAAGCUUCUGUCCUUAGAUGAGAAGUGUGUAGAGGACGGCAUUACUACGGAGGGCACCAAGAAAUACCGCCUGGACAUUGAACUGAAGCAGUUGUUCUUUAUGGAGGCAGCAGACGGAACCCUGAAGCCAAGUCUACGUAAAGGCAGCCUCUCCACAGUGGCAGUAGACCUGAUGGGAAGAAACGUGUCCUGCAAAGACUUCAACCCCCUGAAAGCUCACAUUCUCAUUGGAUGCCCUCCUGGAAAGCAUACCCGAGUUCUUAAGGACAUAACCACUUGCACUAAAGGCACGUUCACUCAAGAGCAGCUUCAGGACAACUUCUCUUACGUCAUCCCCAAAGCUGUGUAUGACCCUCAGCACCUGUUCCGGCCUGGCUCUGCCUCCAGUGACCUGCACAUCUCCUACAGCAUCACAGACUACUUCUGCCCCUUACUGGUCUAUCACGACACCCCCUGGAUACCCUCCCUGGAGCUCUGGAACGGUAAUGAGUUUGUGGAGCAGGUGAGCGCUGACUUUGUGUUGUUCGAAGUGAACGGCAUGUAUAACUACCAGUACCUCCAGUCGGUCGAGGAUGCCAAGUGCGUCUCCCAGCCCCAGAACUGGACCUCUCUGCUGAGCCAGCAGAAAUAUCAACCUAACCCAAACACUGCCUGGACCAGGAAUAAUUAUAAGAGCUGCAAGGAUUCUGAUGGUCCGCCCCUCACUGACCCAGAAGCCCAGUAUCAGGUCCUCAACAUGGGCACAAGAAACAGAGUCUUGUUUCCCAACUACAACGGGAUGUACGUGUUCAGAGUCAUAGUGGUGGAUCCUAGCUACAGCUACUGCAUGCUGACCACUACGUUCAGUGUGUAUGUGUAUGGGGCGUUCCCUCCUUACCCUCUGCCCUCUUGUGUGGCACUGGGCAUCUUCCUGGCCAUCUUUGUGGUCCUGCUGCUCAUUGGCUUUUUCUUAAGCAAGCGGAAUUACAAAAAAUAG